AUUCCAGUAUUACGUGUGUAACGAGGCCAUGGCGGACAAGGAGGAGACCGAGAAGACCAUCGCCGAGGACUUGGUUGUCACCAAGUAUAAAAUGGCCGGCGAGAUCGUGAACCGGGCACUGAAGCAAGUUCUAGACAAAUGUGUCGUCGGGACCUCCGUAAGGGAAAUAUGUGAGUUUGGCGACAAAACGCUCACGGAAGAAACUAGCAAGGUCUUCAAAAAGGAGAAGGAUCUUAAAAAGGGCAUCGCUUUUCCAACGUGCAUAUCAGUUAACAAUUGCAUUUGUCAUUUCUCUCCUAUCGCCAGUGAACCUGAUCUCAUUAUCAAAGAUGAAGACAUUGUUAAAGUUGAUCUUGGAGCACGUGUCGAUGGUUUCAUAGCUGUAGUAGCACACACCAUCAUCAUAGGAUCUUCAUCGGAGAAGAAAGUGACAGGCAGGAAAGGGGAUGUAGUUUUAGCUGCACACUACGCUUCUCAAGCUGCACUAAGGCUUUUAAAACCAGGUACAGAGACUUACACGAUAACUGGCACCGUAGAGAAGAUCUGUGACGCCUAUAAAUGUAAACCGAUCGAAGGUAUGCUAAGUCACCAGUUAAAACAGUUUAAGAUCGAUGGGGAGAAAACGAUAAUCCAGAAUCCGAACGAUGCGCAAAAGAAGGAGCAUGAAAAAUACACCCUCGAAACUCACGAGGUACAUUUAAAUUGGUAUCACAUAGGGUGCGUACGGGAGCUCACUAUCAGUGCUACUUAGCACUGAAAGAUAUAG